GUUAACAGCCUUCAAUUUACAAUUCCCUGUGCCUGCGUUUCUUUUUCUUCUUCUUCUUCUUUUCCUGCGCCAUUCGUCUUUGAUGAGAUUCGUGGCAUCAUUUCUCAGCCAAGGGCUAGUUUGGGCGUACCAAAAAAUGUAGACGGUGGCAUCCAUCCAAUGCCCAGAAUGAGAGUUAGAUGCCAAGAUGUCCAAUCCAUUAUCAUUCCAUUCUCAUUUUGGUUGAAAAUUUGCAGACGAGCAUUUAUCAUGUUCCACUGUCCACAUUUCAUGGGUGCAUCAAACGGCUUCAUUUCACAAGAUGCGUAUGUCUUGAUGAGAUAUGAUGAUUCUAGCUGCUCCUCCCCUUUCUGUAUUGCCUCCAACACGUGGAUUGAAAAGAGUGUAUCAAUCGAAUUACCGUGGGGCCAUAUGCAAGAUUGAUCAAAUUUCUGAUUUUGAUGCUCAAGAAGCUACCACGAAAAAUCAUCGUAGGAGGAGGUGUGAAUGCUAUGAUCUCUGCAAAGAACUUGUUCCUUACAAGGAUGCAUGGUCAUGGCAAAAAUCUAUAGUGAGGAGCAGGCAUGCUUUAAUGGAAAGAGAUGAAGAUCAUUCGGACACAUUAAUUAUUCUACAGCAUCUGCCUGUCUAUACAUUGGGUACUGGCAGUUUGGAGGAAUACUUGAAUUUCGAGAUAGAGAAUGCUCCUUUUGAUGUUUAUCGAACUGAACGUGGCGGGGAAGUUACAUAUCAUGGUCCCGGACAGAUUGUUGUAUACCCCAUUAUCAAUCUGCGGCACCACAAAAUGGAUCUCCAUUGGUACCUUAGGUCACUUGAGGAGUUGGUCAUCCGGGUACUCUCAUCCACAUUUUCAAUCCAGGCAUCACGGCUUGAGGGACUUACUGGAGUUUGGGUUGGCAAUCAGAAGGUAGCGGCCAUUGGAAUUCGUGUUUCUCGGUGGAUAACAUAUCACGGCCUAGCACUGAAUGUCAACACUGAUCUCUCUCCUUUCCAACACAUUGUCCCCUGUGGCAUUCGGGACCGUGGGGUUGGAAGCAUUAGUGGAGUUUUGAGCAGUUCCUCUGGCGGGAAAAUAACAAAAAACACCGUGCAUAAAGAUGCUUAUCAGCUAAUGGAUAUUACCCAUAAAUCAUUGCUCCGAGAAUUCUCUGAAAUUUUCCAGCUCACUCUGCAACACAAGUCCAUUUCUGACUUGGACUUGUACAAUUAGUUUGGUGUAUCAACCAUGUUUCAUUACCACAGAUUUUGGAAACUCUGACAGGCAUUUUGGAGAUUUUAGAGUUCCGGCAUUUCAGGAUCUCUACCAUGCAAGGGUGAGGCAAAUUCAGCAAACAGAUCGGCUGGCCAUGGAAUGGGGGUGCAGUUCGUCAUUUGCAGGGCCUGCAUUACGUCCACGUCGAUCUUUCGGGUUUUCAGUAACUUUUUUUUUUUUUCCUUCCGUUAAACUUGAUAAAUCUUCAAUUGUGAAGAUAACAGAAUCCAAACCUUCUUGUAGUUGUUGAUUUGAAGUUUAAAAAUGCAUACAUGCAGUAUCUGUUUGUGGCA